GGUUGGAGGCUACACGGUGCAUGGCCUGCUGGGAUUUGAUUUGUCUACUGCUCUCCAUCUUUGGGGUCCCUUCGAUAAGUGUUGUUCAAAAUGGCUCUCCUCUCCGCUCGUCUCGCUGCCAAGGUGGCGAAGGCAUUGCCAAAUGCCGUCCCACAGGUUUCCAACCUGGCUUGGCCUGCGACCCAGGUCGCUGCUGCACGUACCCUUCAUGUCUCCUGCAGCAAGCGAGCAGCGGAAUUGUCAUCUAUCCUGGAGGAGAGAAUUAUGGGAUCAGCCCCCAAGGCCGACCUCGAAGAAACUGGCCGCGUCUUGAGCAUUGGUGAUGGUAUCGCCCGUGUGUAUGGUCUGAAGAACAUCCAGGCUGAUGAGAUGGUGGAAUUCUCAUCUGGUCUUAAGGGAAUGGCCCUGAACUUGGAGCCUGACAACGUUGGUGUUGUCGUCUUCGGUAAUGACAAGCUUAUCAAGGAAGGUGACAUUGUCAAGCGUACUGGUGCCAUUGUGGACGUCCCUGUUGGUGAUGAUCUGCUUGGACGUGUUGUUGAUGCUCUGGGUGACACCAUUGACGGCAAGGGUGCCGUUAAGGGAGUCCAGAGGUACCGUGUCGGCACCAAGGCCCCUGGUAUCAUUCCCCGUGAGUCUGUGAGGGACCCCAUGCAGACUGGUAUUAAGGCCGUCGACUCCUUGGUGCCUAUCGGCCGUGGUCAGCGUGAGUUGAUCAUUGGUGACCGUCAGACCGGCAAGACUGCCUUGGCCAUCGACACCAUCAUCAACCAGCUCCGUUUCAACGAUGGAACUGACGAGAAGAAGAAGCUGUACUGUAUCUACGUUGCCAUUGGUCAGAAGCGUUCCACUGUCGCCCAGAUUGUGAAGAGGCUUACUGACGCCGGUGCAAUGAAGUACACCAUCAUUGUUGCUGCCACCGCCUCUGAUGCUGCUCCUCUGCAGUACUUGGCUCCUUAUUCUGGAUGUGCCAUGGGUGAAUACUUCCGUGACAAUGGCAAGCACGCCCUUAUCAUCUAUGACGAUCUUUCCAAGCAGGCUGUUGCCUACCGUCAGAUGUCCCUGCUGCUGCGCCGACCCCCCGGCCGUGAGGCCUACCCCGGUGACGUCUUCUACCUCCACUCCCGUCUGCUGGAGCGUGCCGCCAAGAUGAGCACUGCCCUUGGUGGUGGCUCCCUCACUGCCCUGCCUGUGAUUGAGACCCAGGCUGGUGAUGUGUCCGCUUACAUUCCCACCAACGUAAUUUCCAUCACUGACGGACAGAUCUUCUUGGAAACUGAGUUGUUCUACAAGGGUAUCCGACCUGCUAUCAACGUCGGUCUCUCCGUAUCACGAGUAGGAUCUGCUGCCCAGACCCGUGCCAUGAAGCAAGUGGCUGGUUCCAUGAAGCUUGAGUUGGCGCAGUACCGUGAGGUCGCCGCUUUCGCCCAGUUCGGUUCAGAUCUUGAUGCUGCCACCCAGCAGCUCCUGAACCGAGGUGUCCGUCUUACUGAGCUCCUGAAGCAGGGACAGUAUGUGCCCAUGGCCAUUGAGGAGCAGGUUGCUGUUAUCUACUGUGGUGUCCGAGGCCACCUUGACAAGCUGGACCCCUCAAAGAUCACUGACUUCGAGAAGCAGUUCUUGGAGCAUAUUCUUUCCUCCCACAAGGAUGUCCUUACCACCAUCUCCACCGACGGCAAGAUCACCGACGCAACAGAUGCUAAGCUUAAGAAAAUUGUACAAGAUUUCCUCGCCAGCUUCACCGCAAGCAAAUAAAUUAGCAUUACAAUCCUUGAACAUGUAGGAAUUUUAUCAAUUUCAAUAGCUUGGGAAGCUAUUUUGUAUUAAAAGUACAAUUUUUAUCAGUAAAAGAUGACUUGUGAAGCAUUUAAGGCUAAGCUCUAGAUUAUAAUGUGUCUUUAAAUGCUGUAUCUGGUAUGCACUCUGUACAGAUCUCUAUGCAUCAUGAACCUUGUUUCCCAGGGGAAUAAAAUUGUGAUAUCCUUACA